UUCCAUCCAUGCCGGUUUCCCACCACAAGCCUGGUGUCUUCUCAGACAUCAAGAGGUAGGCCUCUUACUAAGAGAUUAUAUGGCAGUUUGGUAGAAAGUCUGUCUAUAUCUGGUACGGAUCCCUUCUAGAUGCACAUAUAGGAUUGCUGUCUCUAUGCAUCCCAUCUUCGGAAGACAAAUAUGCUACACUGCGAUUGGCUUAAAUUCACCGACCUUCACCUGAUACUGCACCAAGGCUGAGACUAAUUCACGCUCAGGACCACUGCACGCAAGUCGACUUACCAAGGACACAUUGGCAGGCAUCAGCCCAAAGAGCUUCAGCCAUGAAACUCUGAAGCCCCUCUCUCUCACCCGCAAGCUCUCGACUAGCCGAGCACAGCUAUUCAACAGCAGCAUGGAUCCAACACACCCCCCCACCCAUCGCGCAUUCAUCGCGUUUGGGAGCAAUGUGGGGGAUCGUAUUGAGAUGAUCGAGGCCGCUUGUCGGGAGCUGGAGCGAGCCAGCAUCCGGAUCAGGAGGACUAGUUCCCUUUUCGAGACAGCACCGAUGUACGUCCUCGAUCAGGAUCCAUUUAUCAAUGGAGUGUGUGAGGUAGAAACCAGCCUCAGCCCCAUGGACCUGCUGGACACCCUACAGGCCAUCGAAAUCGGCCUAGGAAGGAGAAAACUGAUCGAUAAAGGACCACGCUCGAUCGAUCUCGACAUUCUCCUCUAUGACCAGCAAAUCUUCUCUCACGAGCGUCUCUACAUACCGCACCAGUUGAUGCUCGAGCGCGACUUUGUCCUCCGACCCCUAUGCCAACUCAUCCCUCAUGAACUUCCCCCCUUCCUCGGCCACUCCAAAAGCUACCUCUCACACCUCAAGACCCUCCCACCCCCAGAGCCAACCCCAUUCUCCACAACUCCUAUAUCCAACCACUUCCCCGCCAUCCACUCAACUAACCCCAACCGCCCAAGCCACAUAAUGGCCAUCCUCAACCUCACCCCCGACUCCUUCUCCGACGGCGGCAUCCACUCCUCCGAAGACCUCACCACCCUUACCACCACCGUCCGCAACUUCAUCCAAGCCGGCGCCACCAUCAUCGACAUCGGCGGCGAAAGCACCCGUCCGGGCUCCUCCCCCGUCGGCGAAGCCGAAGAACUCGCCCGCGUGAUCCCCGCAAUCCGACACAUCCGCACCACGAUCCCCGAAGCAGCCCACAUCGCCAUCAGCAUCGACACCUACCGGGCCCGAGUAGCCGAAGAAGCCUGUGCCGCCGGCGCCGACAUCAUCAACGACGUAUCCUCAGGCCUCCUCGACCCCGAAAUGCUCCCUACCAUGGCCCGCACCGGCAAAUCCGUAAUCCUGAUGCACAUGCGCGGCACCCCCUCCACAAUGACCAAACUAACCGACUACCCGAACGGGGUCAUCCAAGACGUGGGCACCGAACUCCUUCAGCGCGUCGCUGCCGCCGAAGCAGCUGGGAUUCGUCGCUGGCGCAUGAUUCUGGACCCGGGUCUCGGGUUCGCCAAGAAUGAGCCCCAUGAUCUCACUAUACUCCGGGACCUGCAACAGUUCCGGACGGGUAUCGAGGGCUUGGAGUAUUUCCCGUGGUUGAUGGGUCCGAGUCGGAAGCGUUUCGUGGGACGGUUGACGGGCGUGCAGAAAGCGAGUGAACGCACUUGGGGCACUGCGGCUACCGUGGCGGCUAGUGUUGCUGGUGGGGCGGAUAUCGUGCGUGUUCAUGAUGUGAAGGAGAUGUGGCAGGUUGCGAGGGUAUCGGAUGCGAUUUAUCGGGGGAUUCUGUGAAAGUGAGUGGAAGGAUGGAUGUGAAAAGUUUUCUGGGCCUUGUAUAUUCAACUAUAAAAUAAUGCGCUGAGGAUAGAACCAGGUGUAGAAGGAGGGUAGGAUUUGGACAGAAUGGGUUUCUUGGGCAUGCAUGGUGCUGGAAAGGGUUCAACCGCGGCGAUCCUGGAGGGAAAGUUCCACCUCCAUAUACGAAUAGAGAUCAAGCUGGAACAUCUCAUACAGAAUAACCGUAGACCAUUGUCAUAUUGUACCUACGGAGAGACAAGCCCGGAGUGAGCAAGGAAUAAUAAGGUUCCUAUCUAGUUGAUCAAUCCAAGACCCAAGCAAAAGCAAUCCUGCAAACGGGUGAUCAAAGAGUUU